UGCUGGCGGUACUUCUACCCUCCUUUGAUGCUGAGUAAAACUCAGAAAUUAGAGCGGUUCGUGAAUUCGAUGAAUUCAUUUAAUUCUUGAUUCGCGAACCGUUCAUAAACAAACAGUAGUAAAAAAUGCGAAUGCACUCGCUUAAAGACUGGUACAAAGAAAACCUAGAGCAGUUUGAGAAUGCUGAGAGGGAGCAAAAACAUGCAAGUAAAAUACUGGCGAAGAGCGAUCGCAUUACAGAGGAGGCUCAGCAUGUGGUUAGCAGAAAUCUCGAGACGACGGACCAUCAAUUCGACGUCAAACUCAACGACAUAGAAUAUCUAAGAGAACUCCUCGAGACCACGAAACGAAGUUCUGAUGAAGAAGUCGAAGCCUUGAAAGCAUAUCGGGAUCGCGUUCACGAUGCUUCUUCCAAUCUGGAAGAAAACGCACUGAAACUGUGUCGCAAAUGUAUCAGUCUCAGGCGAAAUCGCAUCGGCGUUGAUUUAUGUCAUGAUGCAGUUGAGAACGAAUUGUUGGUGGAAUGUAAAAUGAUAGAAGGAGUGAUUUUACUCUUGAAAGAACUAUUCAGCCAGCUGACGGAACAAGGGCGGAAGCUUAGAUCUUGCACGUACUUCAUCAGUCGAGAUUUGGAAAAUAAAAUGAGUGGGCUGGUCAUUGAUAGACACAACGCGUGCCUUAAACCUACAAGUCUUCACUUGGAAUCCUCUCAGAAUCCCAUCACCUUAAAACUGGAGAGCUCAACGAUGGAAGAAUGGAAUUUAUAUACGCACAACAACAUAACUAAAACACGUAAAGAAAUCGAGAAAUCACGACCUUUACGCUCGUAUGUCGAUACCAUACUGCGAAAAUCCGUUGACGACUUAAAUUUCCAGUUUGACAAGUGCAACCGAGCUUUCCACCAAAGAAUUGAUGAGUAUAAAGAGGCAAAAUCAAAAUUAGAAAAUCAACAUUUUGAGACUUUGCGGCAAGCUAACGAAAUGAUUCGUAAUAUAGAUCGUCUUGAGAAGGCAAUCAGCGACAAAGAGGCUUACAUGGCAUUGGCUCGAACUCGCUUCAACAAUCGAGUUCAUCGUCCUGGGAUCGAAUUAUGCAGAGACGAUGUUGAAAUUCAGCUAAUAACCGAGAUUAAAGAAAUUGAAAGUUCCGUCGCAAACUUACACUCUGUAUUAAACGAGGCUCAAAAAUCCCUUCAACACUUGCAAAAAGCGCAAAUUCAGCUGGAGGGAGAAAUCAACGUCAAGACUAAUUCUCUCAAGAUCGAUGAAGUUGACUGCAUGUCUACUCGUGCAGCGAUGAACUAUCACUUUUAUUAAGCACGCUCAAAGUCAUGAUAUUAUUUAUAUUGGCGAGUGGUGACCUCUUUGUAUACAUUCAAGCGAUAAAAAAUGAAAUUCAGUCAUUGUAAAAAUCUUUUAAUUUUGUAUCUUAAUAAUAUAUCAAUA